ACGUUGAUUUAGGAGGAUUGGAUUGGGAGACUUCUGGGAAAAGAUGGCAGAUUCUUGUUUGUAGGAAUUUGCGAGAUUCUGGGUCAAGAUUUAAGUGCAGAUUUAGUUGAAAGCACCGACCCGAGUCGCUUCCUCUGGGCUCCAAAGGAGAACAUGGAGAAGAGCGGCAGCUUCGAGAGUCUGGGCUCGAAGCCGUCCUCCUCCCGACAACCAAGUGUUGAUUCAUUGUCCAGCACUUCCACAUCUGACCGGUCUUCCCAGGCCAAACCUCUUGCUUUGUCUUCUGACUCUGUGUCCACCUCCACAGAGUUUUCUCCAGAGCUCAGGGUCAGACCUAAAUCAACUGCCAAGGCUAUUCUUAGAAACCCAGACAAAGAGGAACCACAAGUGCUUCCGAACGAAACUGAGCAAGAAAAAGCUCAAGAUGCGACCUACCUCUGCCCUUUCGCUGGUCCACUGCGGGGAACAGUGAUGCUCACCAACUACAGACUCUUCUUCAAAUCCACAGAGAGAGAGCCAACCUUUAUGUUGGAUAUGCCCCUCGGAGUGGUGAGGCGUGUGGAAAUUUAUCGAACUCACCGUGAUGUGUCCUAUGACAUCAUCUGCAAGGAUACGCGUAAUCUCCGAUUUUUACAAAAAUACCCAGAGGAAACCAAGAAGUCCAUUUUUGAAGUGAUGACAAAAUUUGCUUUUCCUGUUUCCAACGGCCUGCAACUCUUUGCUUUUCACUACCAACAAGUGUUUCCGGAAAACGGAUGGAAAGUGUAUGACGCCCUCGCAGAGUACAAAAGACAGGGCAUACCAAACGAAAGCUGGAGGAUAACAAAAAUCAACGACCACUACGAGCUCUGUGAUACCUACCCUGCAUCUCUGGUGGUGCCAGUCAACAUACCUGAUGAUGAGCUGAAGAAAGUGGCUGCCUUCAGAGGAAAAGGGAGAAUACCUGUGUUGUCGUGGAUUCAUCCUGAGAGUCAAGCUACGGUGACCCGCUGCAGUCAGCCAAUGGCCGGGGUGAAUGGGAAACGCUGCAAAGAAGAUGAGAAGUACCUCCAGGCCAUCAUGGAUGCCAAUGCUCAGUCCCAUAAACUCUUCAUUUUUGAUGCUCGGCCAAACGUCAGCGCAUUGGCCAACAAGAUGAAAGGGGGUGGAGUUGAAAGUGAGGAUGCGUAUCAGAAUGCUGAGCUGGUGUUCUUGGACAUUCAUAACAUCCAUGUGAUGAGGGAGUCUCUCCGGAAGGUGAAGGAAGCGAUCUACCCCAACAUCGAUGACGCCCAUUGGCUUUCAAAUUUGGAGUCCACUCACUGGCUGGAGCACAUCAAGUUGAUCCUGGCGGGAGCUUUGAGGAUCGCAGACAAGGUGGAGUCUGGGAAAACGUCCGUAGUGGUGCACUGUAGCGACGGCUGGGACCGCACGACUCAGCUCACCUCUUUAGCCAUGCUCAUGCUAGAUGGGUACUACCGCACCAUUCGGGGCUUUGAAAUUCUGAUUGAGAAAGAGUGGCUGAGUUUCGGUCAUCGCUUCCAGCAACGUAUCGGUCAUGGAGAUAAAAACUACACAGAUGCAGAACGGUCUCCUGUUUUUGUUCAGUUCGUUGACUGUGUCUGGCAAUUGACUCGCCAGUUUCCUUCAGCUUUUGAGUUUAACGAAUACUUCCUGAUAACCAUCCUGGAACACUUGUUCUCCUGCCUUUUUGGGACAUUCCUGUGCAACUGUGAGCAGCAAAGGUUGAAGGAAGAAGUUCCCAAAAAAACAGUCUCACUGUGGUCCUACAUCAACAGCCAACUGGAGGAAUUUACCAAUCCUUUUUAUGUGAACUACUCCAACCAUGUACUGUUUCCUGUUGUCAGCUUACACCAUCUGGAGCUUUGGGUCAGUUAUUACAUCCGCUGGAACCCCCGCAUGAGACCCCAGGAACCGCUUCACCAGCGUUACAAGGAGCUGCUGGCGAAGCGUGCCGAACUCCAGAAAAGAGUCGACGAGUUGAAACGCGAGGCAGCAAACCGCUCCGCUUCUUCCUCCUCCGAGCGCCCGAGCUCUCCAACACGCUCUGUCACUCCAGUGCAAACCUUUGUUUGAUGCACCUUGAUCACGUGAUCGUCACAGAGUCUGAGUUUACUCCGUGUUGGAAGGGCCAAACAAGAGUAAUCAUCAAGGCUACACUGGGAGCCAUUAAAGGCCUGUGAGCCAAACUGCCUCUUUAAGUGACAACCAGAACUGAAACAUGACACAAAAAGUCCAAAUGAGCAGAGAUUUAUGUUGGCAUUUCCAAUGUGUGUCAGAGCACACUGGACAAAGGCCACACUACACUACAUCCAAAGCAAAAGGAUAUUUAACCAGAAUAUAUAAGGGCUGUGUAGCAUAAAAGAGCUAAUUCACUAUCAGUGGUUUUUAAAUAUAUAUAAUCCAGAUUUAAUGCGACAUAGAAUCACUCAUUCCACUCUCUUAUUUGUCUGAAAAACAUCAGCUAAAAUACUACUAGUAAACAUAAUUAUGCAAAUCUGAGAAACACUUGUGCUUUUUCCAAGCAAAUUAUUCUUUUUGUCAUAUAUUAAUGUUUACCAUAAAUGUCUCUGUCUUUUUUCCUCUAUUAAAAAUAGCAAUAGAUGAGGCCAUGUCUUCACAACUUUAUCCUAUAUUGUGACCUGCCUCUACAUAAUGGGUUCUGUGUGACAUUCCUUUCAUUUUAAAUGAUUUCCCUUUUCUAACUUUUUUUUUUUAAAUAGCUAACCUUAUUUAUUACUGUUUUCUGUGUUUCUAUCUCUAAACCAUUCUGAUUUUCAUCUCAUCAGAAUUGUAGAAGUCUUCAUGCAAGCCUAAAAAGCUAUUAGGAAUAUGCAAUGUGCGCCAAGUUAUUCACUUGACAUGUUUAUAUGCAGAACAGCUACUAUUGCAAUGUUUAUCAAUUCCAAUAAUUGUGUGCCUUUGCUGAAUGACUGGAGGCAACAGAAACGUCAAGUUUGGUUGACUCUUAAAUAAGAGCACUGUUAGCCUUUAGCUUCUCCACUUUAUUAAAAUGUUGUUUAAUAUUUAAGCCAAUAGAAGUGAUUGUUUGGUUUGUUUAUGAUUGAACACUAUUCCUUCCUUCUGGGAUUGAACUGUUACUGUUUUUAUGUUGUUGUUUUUUGUUGUUUUGUUUUUUUUCAAACCAACCCAGAUCACUGAUUGUCUAAGUAUGUUAAUAAUUUUGCUGUAAUAGAGUGCCUUUUCGGAAAAACAAUAACAAAGAUGAAGUUUAAAAUAUGCUGUUUGUAGCACUGCCUCAAUACACUACUAAUUUUCUCAAUAAAGCUGGUCAUAUUUAUACACUUUGACUUUUAAUUGGUAUGUGGCCAGUAAUGGUCUGUUUCUUCCUCUGCUUUUGUAAUAAAUGUAUACUUUGCAAA